CUCUGUGUAACUGACAAAACGCAUCUGGUUUCAAGGCAUAGAUCAAGUACAGAGGCAGGCGCUCCAUGUCCCUGGAGAAUCCAGCUGGGGUGGGAGCCGAGUCUCGGUGCUGCUGGCUCUAUAAAUGAGUGGAGAAAGAAUCCAGAGCAGGAGAGGCUGUGGGGGAGACAAAAGCCUGUCUGUCUUUACAGAUGAAAUUGUCUUGUUCUUGUCUACCCUGAAUGUUUCCCAAGCAUGAAGGUAACAAGCUUAUUCAUUUUGGCAGGAUUCAUGGCAGAGUUUCAAAUCUUCUCAAGAGCCUCCUCGCCAGUUAACUGCCAGUGGGGCUCCUUUGGCCCUUGGUCAGAAUGCAAUGGUUGUACCAAGACACAGACUCGAAGGCGUCCGGUUGCUGUUUACGGGCAGUAUGGAGGCUACCCCUGUGUGGGGAGUGCUUUUGAAACACAGUCCUGCAAACCUGAGCAAGGCUGUCCCACCGAGGAGGGCUGUGGAGAACGUUUUAGAUGUUUCUCAGGUCAGUGCAUCAGCAAAUCCUUGGUUUGCAAUGGAGAUUCCGACUGUGAAGAAGAUGGUGCCGAUGAAGACAGAUGUGAGGAUGCAGAAAGCAGACCUUCCUGUGACACUGAUAAACCUCCUCCCAACGUAGAACUUACUGGCAAUGGUUACAACGUACUCACUGGGCAAUUUAGGAACAGGGUCCUCAACACCAAAAGUUUCGGUGGUCAAUGCCGGAAAGUGUUCAGUGGCGAUGGAAAAGAUUUCUACAGACUGAGUGGAAAUAUCCUUUCAUAUACAUUUCAGGUCAAAAUAAAUAAUGAUUUUGACUAUGAGUUUUACAACAGUAGCUGGGCUUAUGUAAAACAUGAAUCCGGAGAGUCUGAAUCAUCCUCUUCAGGCAAAUCGCUAAUUUACUCUUUCUCCUCUGAUGACCAGAAUCGUAAUUCAGGGGACAACAACAACUACAUGAAAAAGAGCUAUCAAUUGUUGGUUGUUAAGAACAGUGUUGAAGUGGCCCAGUUCAUUAAUAAUAAUCCUGAAUUUUUACAACUUGCUGAGCCAUUCUGGAAAGAGCUCUCCCAUCUUCCCACUCUCUACGACUACAGUGCCUACCGACGGCUAAUUGACCAGUACGGGACACAUUAUCUGCAGUCCGGGUCCUUAGGAGGAGAAUACAGAGUUCUCUUUUAUCUGGAUUCAGGAAAUGUCAAACACAGCGAUGCUGUGUCAAACCAGAGGAAGGAAUGUUCUUCUUCGGCUCUUCGGCUUUAUUUUACGCGUUCAUCAUAUGAGAGAUGCAAGGAACUGGAUGACGCUUUCAAAUUAGCUUCAGGAAACCAGGGCAGGAAGCUUAAAGGAAAACCCUUUGUCAGAGGUGGAGGUCUUGGCUUUGUUUCUGACCUUAGCUUCCUGGAGCUGGAUAAUCCUGCUGGAAACAAAGAGAGGUACUCUUCCUGGGCUGAAUCUGUAACCAGUCUUCCUCAAGUCAUAAAACAAAAGCUGACACCAUUGUAUGAGCUGGUCAAGGAGGUGCCCUGCGCCUCUGUGAAAAGACUGUACCUGAAGCGGGCACUUGAGGAGUACCUGGAUGAAUUCGACCCUUGCCAUUGCCAGCCUUGCCAGAACGGUGGCCUCGCUACCGUCGUGGGGACACAGUGUCAGUGUCACUGCAAGCCGUACACAUUUGGUACAGCGUGUGAGCAAGGCGUCCUUGUGGGCAAUCAAGCAGGAGGGGUUGAUGGAGGUUGGAGUUGUUGGUCUUCUUGGGGCCCCUGCAUUCAAGGGAAGAAAUCAAGGAGUCGAGAAUGCAAUAAUCCCCGUCCCAGUGCAGGUGGAAAGGCCUGUAUUGGAGAAACAACUGAAAGCCGGCAAUGUGAAGACCAGGACUUGGAGCACUUGCGAUUACUUGCACCACAUUGCUUUCCUUUGUCUUUGGUUCCCAAAGGAUUCUGCCCAUCACCUCCUGCCUUAAAAGAUGGAUUUGUUCAAGAUGAAGGUACCAUGUUUCCUGUCGGGAAAACCAUAGUGUAUGCUUGCAAUGAAGGGUAUUCCCUUGUUGGAGAUCCCAUUGCCAGAUGUGGAGAAGAUUUGCAGUGGCUUGUCGGAGAAAUGCGUUGUCAGAAAAUUGCCUGUGCUCCCCCUGUAUUGAUGAAUGGCUUGCAGAGCCACCCCCAGAAGCCCCUUUACACGGUCGGUGAGAAGGUGACCCUCUCCUGUGCAGCUGGCAUGUCCUUAGAAGGUCCUUCAGCAUUCCUGUGCGGCUCCAGCCUCAAAUGGAGUCCUGAGCUGAAGAAUGCCCACUGUGUACAGAAAGACACCACCACUCUCCCACCAGCAGCUCCUGCAUGUCAGCCCUGGGAGAAACGGCAGAACUCGAAGUGCGUCUGUAAAAUGCCCUACGAGUGUGGAUCUUCCUUGGAUGUAUGUGCUCGAGACGCGAGAGGCAGAAGGGUACUGUCUCUGACCGUGUGCAAGAUGCACGUUCUCCACUGUCAGGGAAAAAAUUAUACCCUCGUUGGCAAGGACAGCUGUACUCCUCCUGCAUCAGCUGAGAAAGCUUGUGGUGCAUGUCCGCCAUGGAGCAAAUGUGAUGGUCAGAACAGCAAAUGCGUCUGCAGAGAAGCUUCGGAGUGCCAGGAAGCAGGGUACAGCAUCUGCGUGGAUGUGAAUGGCAAGGAGGAGACGAUGUCCGAGUGUGAGGCAGGUGUCUUAAGAUGCAGAGGGCAGAGCAUCUCCAUAACAGCCAUAAAGCCCUGUGUUGAAGAAGCCCAGUAGGACCCAGGGAGCCUUGGUCCUUUUCAUCAGAGCCUAGUGGUCAAUGGAUGAUGAGUUAAAACAUCUGUAUCUGGUACUUAGAAUACUUUCCCACCAUGAAGGCACCAUCUUUUCUCCUUUCCCUCUGGUAUAUAUUCCUUCCUUCUGUGUUCAGACACCUGUGCAAACAAUCUUUUUGUUUUCCCAAUGGCAUGAGCUACUUAUGAGUUCUUGGAAAAACAUGUUGGUCUUUGACUUUUGUGUGUAUGUGUGUUUGUAAAAUUAAAGGAUGGGACUAGA